AGGAGGAGACAUGGAGGCUGUGAGCAGCAUGACGUCGUCCUGAUCCAGAGGCGUCUGUGCAGCCCGCAGCUGUCCGGCGGAGCGGAUGGGAUGUGUCGUCGGGGCCGCGUCUGAGGGGCCGAGGGGGCUCGGGGCGCUCCCGGGACGGACGCGGGGCCCCCGCGCUGGGGGCCGGGAACCGGAGCACGAUGUCCACGGAGACCGAGCUGCAGGUGGCCGUGAGGGCCGGCACCAGGAGAGACUCGCGCAGGAAAGCGCAGGGCCGCAGCGAGGCCGCUCUGAUCCGGCGCUUCAAGGGGGACGGGGCCCGCUACAAGGCCAAGCUGAUCGGCGUGGAGGAGGUGACCGCCGCCCGGGGAGACAAGCUGUGCCAGGAUGCCAUGAUGAAACUCAAGGGCGUGGUCGCAGGGGCCCGAGCCAAGGGGGAGCACAAACAGAAAAUCUUCCUGACCGUCUCCUUCGGGGGGAUCAAGAUCUUCGACGAGAAGACGGGGGCUCUCCAGCACCAUCACGCCGUCCACGAGAUCUCCUACAUCGCCAAGGACACAACAGACCACCGCGCCUUCGGCUACGUUUGUGGGAAGGAAGGGGACCACAAGUUCGUGGCUAUCAAGACGGCCCAGGCGGCGGAGCCCGUGAUCCUGGACUUGCGAGAUCUCUUCCAGCUCAUCUACGAACUGAAGCAGAAGGAGGAAGUGGAGAAGAAGGCUCAGAAGGACAAGCAGUGCGAGCAGGCCGUGUACCAGACCAUCCUGGAAGAGGACAUGGAGGAUCCAGUGUACCAGUACAUCGUCUUUGAGGCCGGACAUGAGUCGAUACGAGAGCCCGAGACGGAAGAGAGCAUUUAUCAGGUCCCGACCAGCCAGAAGAAAGAAGGCAUUUAUGAUGUGCCAAAAAGCCAACCUGUAAGUGCCGUGACGCGGCUGGAGCUCUUCGGGGACAUGUCCACCCCGCCGGACAUCACCUCUCCCCCGACUCCCGUGACCCCCGGAGACGCCUUCACCCCCACUUCCUCCCAGACCUUGCCGGCCACCGGGGUGGACACUCUGGGCUCCGGCCCCUUCGGCUCCUCUGCCCUUCCCUCAGGUUACGUGGCCAUGGGCCCGGUCCUCCCCUCCUUCUGGGGUCAGCAGGCCGCGGUCCUGGGGACGCCGCCGGCCGUCGCUCAGGUCCUGCCCGGGGGUCAGCCCGUGGCCUGGGCUCCGCCCGGGCUCUUCACCCCUGUCCGGUCCCCGUGGCCGCCCGGGGCCGGCCAGUUCGCGCCUGCCGCCUUCAUGCCCAUGCAGACUGUCUCACCUGUGCCAGCCGCCGCGUUUCCGGCGUCCCCGGCCCCCCUCGCUGCCGUCGCCGGGGCCCCCUCGGGGGAGCCCGCCCAGCCCGGACCCCCGUCAGCCACGGCGGGCAGGGGGCCACCCCGGGACCCCCUCCAGCUGGCCCCGCCUCCGCCAGUGCCAGCCCGCACCCCGGACCAGUGUGCCCUGGGCGGCGGCCCCUCAGAGGCCUUCUCCGGCUACCCCAGCCCUGGUGGCGACCCCGCCGCCUUGACCGACCCCGACGACUGCGAUGACCUGGACAUCUCCCAGCUCAACCUGACGCCCGUCACCUCCACCACCCCCUCCACCAACUCCCCCCCCACGCCUGCUCCCAGACAGAGCUCUCCAUCCAAAUCGUCCACGUCCCACACCAGCGACGCGGCCGCGGACGACGUGUUCGAGGAGGACUGUGAGAGCACCGGCCGGAGCGAGGGGCCGGAGGCCGCCACCGCCACUCCGCUCUCUGGCAGUGAGGAGCCCCUGGACGAGGAUACCCCGGGGCCACUUGGCGGGGCAGAGACCAACGAGUCCCAGCUGGCUAGCUAAGGCAGCUUAGGGCGGGGAACCUGAGUCCCUCGAAGCGCAGAUGACCAGGUUGACGGAGAGGCUUUGGUGCUGGCUGGUCGGUGUGGGGGCCUUCUGGCCUGGACUUGGGGUCUCUGGCCUCUGCCAUGGACCCUCGCUCCCCUGUCCCCUCCAUGGAGCCUGGCAGGCAGAUGCCCGGUUGGCCUGACAGCACAUACACACGCAUACACACACACACGCACAUACUCCCACAUGUUCCCACACCCGAACACCUCCAUCGGUCAUUAUCUUCUCCCACGCCCUCUCACUCAGCCUCCCGCCCCCUCCCCCCUGGCUGUGGUGGACAUGGCAUGGAGGGAGCAGAGGCUGCUGGGAAAUCCCACUAUCAACACCCCCGUGCACAUGCCAGCUUGGAGUCCAGUCCAGGUGGCCGUCUAUAACCCAUCUGCAUUUCCAUCCUUGGGACCCUAAUCCCUCUCCCCCAGCUCCUCAGGCCAGAUCUGCCGUGAGUCCCCCCUCUCUCCUGCUUCUGGCCCAGUGGAUGGUCAGUCCCACGUGUGUGUGCGUGUGUGUGUGUGUGUGUCUGUAUGUGUGUGUGUGUCCGGUCCUGGGCACCUCCCUCUACUCUGGUUGGGGACCAGGUUCAACUAUAGACCCUGCCUCCAGCCAAGGGGGCCUUUGCCUGGGGAACCAACUGACCCCCUUGGCUAGGACAGCCAUGGAGCCCAACCCCGGGAGCAGAAUUGGCAGAAAUUCUCAGCUCCCCCAGGCUGGGGGAGAUGCCAUCUGUUUCCCGCUGAACCCGCUGCUCCGGCCUCUGACCUCCACUCCAGCCUUCAACCCCCAACUCUGGGCCCCGUGUGGCCCAAUGGUCAUCUGCCAAAUCAUCCCAGCCGGUGGAUCUGGAGCCCCUGACGCCCCAGGGGGACGGGAUCGUGCCCGCCUCAGCCUCUUCCGCCCUGCAGAAACCUCAGGUGGGUUCCCCGUCUCGUAACCAGAAGGAGCUCUCUCUCGGCCGCAGGCCGCCCGGACACUCGGAGGGAACCGGCCUCAAGCGGCUGUGCCGGAAAGAACGCUUUUCUGGAAAUAUGGUUCUGCACUUGAUGUCACACAUGGCCCACACGGGUCUCCCGCCCACCAAGGACGUGGGUGGAGAAGACUAAGGGCCAGGCCACUAAGUUCGUGCCGCGGGAGGGGGCCGGCCAUGCCAUCUUGCUUUGCCCACAUGGUGGGCGGGGCACGGGGAGGGGGCCCACGAGAGCCAGCGGGCCAGAGAGCCUCCAUCUUGGGCUUCCUCCACCCUGUCUGGAAACUCUCGGAUCCCGGUCGGAGGGAGUCGGGAAGUGCGAGGCUGCUCAAUGCCGAGGAGCCAGGGGCGGAGGCCACCCUAGGUGGGUGUUGACAGACCUCACUCCCGGUGAUACGAGCCACAGAGUUGACAGUGGCGCAGGGGUAGGUGGGAUGGCCGCCACCUUCCCAGAGAAGCCAUUUGCCUUGGGCCCGCAGGCCAACUCCGCCAAGAUCAGCUCAGUUGGUCCCAGGAGGUCCAGGGAGCGGUCAAAGAGCCCCGGGCCUGGGGGAGAUUCCUCCUGGUAUCUAAAAGGUGGGCUGGGGGUCAGGGCCCAGGACGGUGCCGGGCACAAGGUAGGUGCCCGGUUCACACCAUCGAUCGGUGCAUAGCACAGCACCUGGGCCCUUGGGCGGGUGAGGCCGGAGCAGCGACCGAUGGGCUGGCCAUCAUAGCCGAUAACGGUGACCCCCUGACUGAGUCCCGUGGAGGGGCAGGAAGGGCCCCGGCUCCCGUGGACUUUGAGAGGCCCCCGGGGCUCCGUCUCCGGGGGGAGAAGGGUCAGAGGGUGCUGGGGGGUUCCCAGUGAUGCCGUUGACCCGUUGACCCGUGGUGCUAAUUUCAUUUCCACCGGCUUCUCCCUGGUUUCCCUCUCAGAGUGGCCAGCGGGCAGCUUUCGGGAUGAUUUUCGAGCCUUCAACACACUCUCUCUCUCCAUCGGUCAGUCAGGGGGAUGGACUGAGCGCUUCCUAUGGGUGGACCAUUGUGCUGAGCACUUGGGCGAGGAUGGUAGAGUCAGUAGACCCAACCACAUCCUUCGAGGAGUUCACAGCCUACGGUGUGCAGAGCACUGUACUGAACACUUGGGAGAAGGCAAUAGAGUCGAUAGAUGCGAUCCCGCCCUUACGGAGCUUCCAGUCUACCGUGUGCAGAGCGCCGGACUGAGCGCUGGUGGGAAAACAGUCGGGGCAGUAGACACGAUCCCUGGCUUUGAGGAGCUUCCAGUCUACUGCGUGCGGAGCACUGUACUGAGCACUUGCAGGAGGGCAGUUGGGGCAGUAGUUAUUACCCCUGCCCUCAAGGAGCUUCCAUUCUAGCCAAUGCUGCUGUGGUGGUUGUGGUGUGCGUGUCCCAGGGGAUUCUGGGGCUUCUGCUUGGCGGGCCCGGGCCCGUCAAGGUACCAGUGGGAGAAAGGCGGGUUCCCUGAGAGAGAGAGAGGGGAGGGGCUCGCUUCCCGAAUGGGAUCGGGGUGGGCCAGCUGGGUGGGCUUUGUGGCCGGGGUCUGGAACAGCUUCUGCAUCUCGGGGAGCGGUCAGCGGCCUCGAAAGAGGCUGGAGCUGGAGACCCCCGGGCCUCCGGGACCAAGCCAUGCUGCCCGGUGGGAGAAGACAGUACACAGCUGCUUGGGACCGGGGUCAAAGGUCACCCACCCAGACCCCCGACCAGCCCCCGCCCAUCACCAGUGCCGAAUCCGCUACUUAAAAUUGGAAAACCAGGGGCUACCCCCGCCCCCCCCCCCCAAGCCAUUGUCCCCGGCUGGUCUCUGACAUUUCAUUUUGGCGGCGGAGGUGGCCACCUCAGAGCCUCAGAUGCCACCGUCCCGGAAACGGGGACGGUGCGUUCCCAGAUGGCCCUGCUGUGGCUCGGGGGCUCGUUUGGGUUUUGCCAAUCCGACGUAUUUUUGUAAUGAAGAUGAGCGAGAGAGAGAGAGAGAGAAAGACAGCAAGUGAGAGAGAGAGAGAGAGAGAGAGCGGGGGCGGCGGAGCCCGUUUCUACGCCGGCUUUAACUUUACCUCAGAAGACUGUGGGUACAUGUAACGGACACGUUAUUUUUAACUCUGUGUAAACUGCAAUCAACAGGACGGAAACGUUUUUAGAAAUUUUCCAUUAAUUUCUGUAACACACCAUGUACGACGGUUACAAAUAAACAUGUUUAAGUAAA